AUGUCUUUCGCGAAAAUUGAAAAUGAUAAUAAAAAAGUUUCCUGUCGCUUUGCACUGAACGAAACCGAUUCGCAGGAAAAAAUUAAGGAAAAUGACGCGGAAAAAUAUGUCAAAAAUGAAAAUCGUGGGGGAAGAGUAGGGGGAUCAGAAGAAGGAAGAAGCAGCGGGGAGGGGGGAAACGGGCCUUUUACAGCGCGAAAAAAUGGCGUCGGGAAAAACUUUUUUAAAAAUUCCAAUCGUUAA